AUGGAGGCGUUACGUCGUGCAGCAUUCAUCGUUUUGUUGCGUUUUGUCAGCGAUGAUUAUCCUUUACUGCGAUUGGAAGUUAUAUGGAUAAUCAUUAGUCGGAUUGCACUUAUUAGAGUGAAAUUUUUACGAGGAGGACAUUUGAGAAUAAUCAGUAGAGCUAUUGAUAAGAACCUUAAUGCGAAGGUGACGAGCGGAAGUAACUUCUCGCUUCUUGAACUAAUGGCUUUUCUCGAAGAGCAGCGUUUCUUCAACACCCAGUCGUCUUCAUCAAAUAAUAACUCAUCUAGACCACAGUCAAUCUCAUUGGGAAUUCGGCCAAAUACGAUUAAUAGUUCCAGUAAAACAGCACAAAGUCGAUUUAGUACAAACGAACCAAUUCAGCCAGCUUCACCUUCAUUUUCGGAUUUACAAGGCGACCGUACAUCUCUCAAGUUAUCAUCGAAUAUAUUUGAGAAUGUGAAGGAAAGUUUCGAUGUCAAAUAUGAAAGUCAAAUAUUUUUUAUAUAUUAUUGUUGCAUAAUGGUGAGAAAGAGAAUUUCUUUCGUGCAUAUGUCAAUUAUGUACGAAUGUAUGAAUAUUGAAACGAAGAAACGAUGA